AUGCUCGGCGCAAACAGUUUCGUGGGGCGGCGCAAGUCGCUCUACUUGACUCUGGCUGUCGCUGCAUCGCUGAUCUGUCUCGUCAACCUCAUCUUCCUGACCCGCGCCGUCGACCACAGCAUCAUUCGUCUGCCGGGCCUGUCGCUAUUCCGCCCCAAAACCAAGCAACCCGAGGGUAACCUUGCACACGACCAGCACCCGAUUGGCGAAUUGAUGAACGAGGCGAAUCAUCGCUGGCAGGAAUAUGAGGAUAGUCGCUCGACCAACUUCCGCCAGACCGUCGCCAAGUAUCGCCAGACCUACGGACGUCACCCUCCUCCCGGCUUUAAGGAGUGGUACCAGUACGCGCGCGAAAAUAAUGUCCAUAAUGUCGACGACUUCCAGCAAAUCACCGGAGAUUUGCGCCCGUUCUGGGCACUGCCACCCAAGGAAAUCCGGCAAAUGGCGGCGCGCCUGCAGCAGAGUCCGGGAAUCGCAGGUGUACGGAUUCGCGAUCACAAGGUAGUAUCGCACUCGGAGGGAUGGCGUGUGGAAACUCUGGCCGCGGCCGUGGAAAAGCUCGCCAAACAUCUGCCGGACAUGGAUAUCGCGAUGAACACAAUGGACCAGCCUCGCGUUAUGGCGAGCUAUGAGGAUAUCCAGAAAUACUUGAAAGUCGAGGAGAGUACAAGGGCCACGCCUCCCGAUGCAGCGGAUGAGUUUACGCAGGGUCUGGAUGAGUUGUACAACGAAGAGGCUGGCAUUAACGAGGAAUUGGAUCCUGGUUGGUUCUCCGUUGCUGGAAAGCCCUAUAUGGAUUUCGCCAAGGAGUCCUGCCCUCCGGAGUCCCCUGCCCGAGACGCCAACUUGACGGUGGCAGAUGCAGACAAGCUAUUCAAAUCCUCAUAUGGCGACCUGAUCUCCAACUUCACCGGCUCUACGGACCUCUGCACGGUGGGACCUGAUCUCGGAGACAAGCAUGGAUUCCUCUUCUCCGCUUCGAGCAAUACGAUCUCGAGAAAACUGCUUCCCGUAUUUGGCGAAUGCAAGGUCAGCGUGAACAACGACAUCCUCUUCCCUGCAAACAUGUAUUUCUUGAAGGACGAGCGCUAUGUAUACAACUCGAAGCACGACUUUGAGUGGGACGACAAGUCCGACUCUCUGCUCUGGCGCGGCGUGACUUCUGGUGGCAUUCAGGUGGAAGACAACUGGUCCCGCCUCCAUCGCCAACGCUUUGUGCGCAUUGCCAACGCCACAGAGAUGGACUUGGAGAAGGUUUCCAUCCUCGCCAAGGACAGCCAUGACCACUACCAGCAGAUCGAUAACUUCCGCCCCUCCGACUUUGCCGCAACUUACUUCGACGUUGGUUUCACCGAGGCAUGGGGCUGUAUCCCUGACUGCUCUUUCUACGAGGGCGUCUGGACCUAUAAGGAGCCCAAGGCAUUCUCUGAACAGUUCAAGGCCAAGUAUCUGGUGGACAUUGACGGCCACAGCUUCUCCGGUCGCUGGCGCGCCUUCCAUCAAAGCAAGUCGCUCGGUCUCAAGGCUACGAUCUUCCGUGAAUGGCACGACUCCCGCCUUUUCGCCUGGCGCCACUUCGUCCCCAUGGACAACCGCUAUGGGGAUCUCUACUCCCUGAUGACCUACUUCAUCGGGCUUGAACCUCCUGCCUCCGAGACUUCCCACCCGAGCCACGAACCCUCCGUUCCACGUCAUGACCUCGAGGCCGAGGUGAUUGCCUCCCAAAGUCGCGAAUGGGCCCAUCUUGUCCUGCGUGACGCGGAUCUGGAGAUUUACCUCUACCUCCUCCUCCUCGAGUACGGGCGCAUUGUCGAUGAUAACCGUGAUAACAUCGGCUAUAGCGGCGACGGAAGCGAGCUUGACCAGUUUGACGCUCAGCAUCCAUUCCCCCAAGCAGUGCAGACUCUCGUCGGUGCGUGA